UAGCUUACACAGUAACUCGUUUAACGUUUAGAUAAGAUUUUGUCGUUUACAUUAUUGUUAAUCUAAAAUGUUUAACUGUAAACUUAAAAAUAUUUUCUCCUUUUUAGCAUUAAACAAACAAUAAUUAAAAAACUAUUUAAAUUUGCUGUUUUUAAUCACAUAGUAAAUAAAUUGAGUUUUGAUUAAUUUGAAUGAUAAUUGAGUCAGCAGAGUUCGCUGAAGGCACAUUAUGUUAAGAAUAACCCAGCGAGAAGUGCAUCUCAUAAGCCAAGAGCACACAUACGUGAAAGUUUUGUAAAGCGUUUUUUAUCACGUUGGUAUGACAACAAUCUAAUAGUGCAUUUUAUCUAACAAACAAUUCCUACAGAAUAUAAAAGUUUAAAUUUUAAGCAUUGUGAGUUUUUAUCGAAAUAAAAUUUAAAAAUGAUGUACGGUGGGAAAUAUCCAAAACCAAUACCUCCAAAAUCUGAACCUAUGCAUUUCAAUAAAACAUACAAAGGACCUGUUCCAUAUUCUUACGCUAUGUUAGCUAAACAACCAGGAAGUGAUUAUAGAAUUCGUCUUCGUGAAAUGGAACGAAAUCGUAUCGAAAAAUCGAGGAUACAAAAUGAAGAAGAUUUCAAAAAUUUAAUUCGGAAUGCACAACAUAAAAAAUUAAUCGAAGUAGCAGAUAGAAAAUGCCUUUAUAAUCAAAUAAAAAGAAUGGUCGAAUGUGGAAUGAAAGCUAAUGAACAUUUAUUUAUGGAAAAGCGUUCAGAACCAGAACCAGUAAAAGAAAUAGAAGAAAUAUCAAUUAAUCCUGUUGAAAACAUGAAAGCAAAAACAGAAAUAUUAAAAAAACAAAAAGAAGAAGAAGAGAAAAAGAUUGUUGAAGAGAAAAGAUUACAAAUGUUUAUAGAAAACUCUGAAGACUUAAGAUCUGCAGCAAUAGCCAAACGACAAAGAGAAAUUUCAGAUAUAAAUUAUAAAAUCAUAUUAGAGAGAGAAAAAUUGAAAAAAGAACAAAAAAUCAAACAAAAAGAGAUUAAUAAUGCCAAACAUUUAGAAAAUAUUUGUCAAAAAGCUGCUGAAGAACAAGAAUUAAGAAGAAAAAAUUUUGAGAAGAAAUUGAAUUUAAAAAAAUUAUUGACAGAGCAAGUUGAACAAAAAGCUUACCAGCAAAAAAAAGAAAAAGAAAUGAAAAAAGUCGAACAAGAAGAAUUAAAGAAGAUAAUGAAUGAAUUACUGGAAAAAGAAGAAAAUGAAAAAAUAGAGCGAAUAAAAAAACAUAAAAAAAGAGUUGAAGAAAUAAAACAAUUCACUGAAACCAGAUCAAAUUUAUUAUUGAAAAAAAACCAUGCUUCUGAAAUUUUUGAUGAAACAUUUGCUUUGACUAUGCGACAAAAUAUACAAAACGAUACCAUAGAUAAAAUGGAAGCAAAGGUGAAAAUAAAACAUGAAAACGAAUUAUUUAUGAAUCAGCAAAAUGCAAUUAAAGAAGAGCGAAAAAGGCAAAAUGAAGAAAUUUCAAGAAUAGUAUCAAACCAAAUGAAGGAAAUUGAAAAAAUGAAACACCUUGCUCAACAAGAAUUAGACACAUCACGAAAGAAACGUAUUGAAGAAAGUUACAGAAUAUUACAAGAGCAAAUAGAAUACCAAAAAAAACGGCUAGAACAAGAAAAUAAUAUAAAACGUCAACUUUACGAAAAAUCAAUAAAAGACCAUGAAGAUUAUUUAAAAAAUGAAAAAAAACAAUUGGAAAAUAAAAUAAAAUCAAAAUUUCAAUUUAGAAAUGAAUUGACUAAUCAAAUUGAAUUUAGAAAAAAUAUUAUAGAGGAACAAAGGAAACUUGAUUUAGAAAAUCAUAAAAAAUAUUUGGCUGAAAUUGAAAAACAAGAAGAGCUACUUCAAAGUCUUCUAAAAAAAUUGCAGCUAAAACAUUAGAUAGUAAUGCGUAUAAUAGAAAUGCUUUAUUUUUUAUCAAAAUAUGUUUCUUUUUAAUAGUAUAACAAUGUGUUUUCUUUA